AUGCCCUCGCCCUCCUCUCCACCGCAGGCCUUCGGCCUCUCUCCCCCUCUCCCCCCCACCCGCCUGCCCCCUCCGCCCUCCGAGCCCGACCUCCACAGCUCCCAGCCGGGCCGGGGCAGGAGGGAGGCAGCGCAGAGGAGCGGGGCAGGGUGCAGACACGCGGGCGCGGGCUCCGCGGGCGCCCCGACGGGCGGGGGGGGGGGGGGUGACUUGGCGGCGGCGGACGCGUCCGCGGGGCCGGUCCCAGGAGCCGCCCCCGGGGGUCCUGACAGGCGGCCGGGGCCGCCCCACGGGGGCCGCGGGCGCUCUCCGGCCCUGCGGGGAGGCGCGCGCGGCCGCCGCGGCUGCGGGCCGUGCACCCCCCGGGCCGCCCGAGGGGGCGAGCGGGGCCGGGCGCGCGGCGGAAGCGGGGCGGGGGGUGGGCCCGGGAGGGCAGGUCCCACGGGGGCGGCCCCGCGGCCCCGCGGCGAGCGCGCGCGGGCAGGGCGGGCGGCUCUACUCACUGACAGCAAACAAGGCAUGCAGUCACAGUCCAUGAUUCUCGACGGCCGCCCCGGGACCGGCUCGCGGGACCGGCUCAGGGGCGCGGCGGCGGCGGCGGCGGCGCGCGGCUCGCGAGGCCCCUCCGAGUCACCCGCGUGCGCGGGACGCGCUCCUCGCCUCUCCCGGGGGCCUCGGCCGGUGCGGCUGCGCCCUGGCUGCGGCGGCCCGGGGCCGGGGGGGGGGUGGCCCUGCGCCUCCCGGCGCCCGCCCGGCUGCAAGGGGCCGGGAUGGGGCGGCGGACGGCCUCGCCACGCGGGGCCCUUCAAAAAGGGAAGCGCUGAGGGACACGCAGACGCGCGCGCCCCGCUGCCUCCCCGGGUCCCCGGGAGGCCGGACGUCGGCCCCCGCGGCAGCCAGGCACCCCCUGCUCGGAACCGGGCAGCCGCUGUAGCUCCGGGCCGAGGGCUGCGGGGCCGGGGACUGGGGCGGCGACGGGUGUGGGGAGGGGGCGAGGGAGCCGCCGCGAGGACACGAGGGACACGCCGCCGCGCCCAGCGCAUCCCCGAGGCGGGCGGCGGCGGGACGCGCGGGAGCGGCCUGGGAAAGAGGCGCCUCCUCGGAGAGGGCGCCGCGCGCGCUCCGGGGCGGCGAGUCGCGGAGCCCGGCGCGGGGAGGACGCCCCGGAGCCGAGAAGUCGCCUCCGCCGGCGCGCCUCCCGCCGCUGCCUCCCCGCCCCUUCCUCCCGGCACCGGCCGCCGCGGCGCAGCAGAUCCGCUCCCCCACGAGCUUCACCCCCGCGCAGCUCCAGGCGCCCCUGGGAUGCCCGGGCUCCCAACGAGGACGCUGCCCGCGCGGGUGGCUCGGCGCGGAGGCCUCUGCAAACCACGGACCCGCGCCGCGCCGCGCCGCGCCGGCCCGGCCGCCCCCGCGGCCAGGCGCUGGGCACCGGCCGCCCUGUGCGGAGGCUGCCCCCGGGUCCCGCCGCGGGUCCCUGCAGAGCUCGGAGGUCGGGCGGCCGACCUCACCCACCCCCCCGCCCACCCCCAGACUAGGUCUCCUCCUCGGGGGCCCUGCCGGGAAGGCUUGGAGCAAGAAGAGGAAAGGGUCCAGCGCUCGGCCCUCCCUCCGGCCGCGGCUGCCCGGCGCCGCCCGACCGCGCGCUGGCCGGCUGAGGGUGCGGAGGCCGCGGGCGCCCCUGCGCCACGUCCACGCCCGGCGAGGCCCGCGGCCGUCUGCGCGGCUUUAGGUUCCCCGCGCCCCCGCUGGGGCUCCCCGCGAAAGGGUUGGGAAGAGCAGAGUUGUGCUGAGACGCCCGGAACCCUCAAAGUGCCCGGUGGGAGGAGCCCCAGAAACGGGAAAAGCAGACGGACAGACGGAGAAGGGCCGGUCCCCGCGGGCGCAGGCCCCUUUUCUUCAUUAAAAAGAGAUAAAAGCCGAAAAGCUCUCUCGUCGCCAGCACUUCUCCGCGGGGGCCGGGGGUGCAACUGUCGGUGGCGACUGUCCUUUCCUUCCUCGCGCCAGCUCUCUCCCAACGCCAGAGUUCGUUCAGAGGCGGCCUCAGUUUACCAAGUCAGCGUCUUUGGGGCUUUUAACGUCUCGCAAAGCCCUCAGCCCACAGAACGCGAUCCUCACAAAGCAUCCCACCAAGGGGUGCCAGGGAAGCGUCUAAAGCCGCGGGCCCAGCUCCCGCGGGGAGGGGUCCGCAGGGACCCGCGCAUCCCGGGGCCCUUUCCCGUCGGGAGGGCCAGGAAGAGCCGCGCGUCCGCCGUGCACCCGGCCAGCAACUCUCCAGAGGACGCGGCAGCGAGGAACCUGCGUUCCCGGAGCGGCCCGCAUCCCGGCCCUCGUCCCUACGGACCCCACACCGUGAAAUGCCAGAGCGGCGGCUCCUGGGAUGCUGCAAGGCCACGGGAAUGGCUCGUGGAGGUGGCGCGUGGGGCAGCAGCGGUUCGCCAGCCCUCGGGGGCUGUCGCCGGCUGGGGGCCGGGUCGGGGGACACCCCUAGACGCAGCCCCUCCGGAGGCGCGCAAGCUCCAGAAGCAGCAGAAAUGCGCUGCCCGCCACGGAACCAGCCCGGGUUCGGUGUGCUCUCUCCACCUCGACGCCCCUCAGUCCCCUCGCUUCCUCCGGACCUCAGAGCUGCCUCUUUCUUUUCUCUGCUGGCCCUUCCUGUCGGGGAGUCGCAGAUGCUAG